AUGACAGCAAAGGCCGUCAUACUGAACCCGGCAGUAGCGCCUGUCGACUUUCUCGUGGCCACAAUGGCAGCAGCGACAGGCGUGGAAGCCCAGCAGCAGCACCCGCUGGCUUGUGCUGACCACGGUGACAGCAGCGACAGUGAUAAGAAGCCUUACAUAUCGAUCAUUACCUGCGCCUGUUACGCUGCCGAGUACCGCUUUCAAAAAGCGAGCGAGGUUACACACGACCGUGCUCAGAACAGCGUAGCUGCUGUGUGCGUGGCCACAGCCUGUACGUACGUGAAUUCCUCGUUUCGUGGAAUGAGGACAGCUGCUGGCGUGGCUGGGGUGGUGUGUGGCUGCAGCGAGACGUUGCAGGACUGCCUGAAGCUUGUUGUUUCGGCUUUGCUACUGACAGCCUCCUCCCGAGACUCUCACGUGGCUGCUGCAACGGAAGAGCAGAAGCGGCACAAUCGACAACUAGCGCGUGCUCCACUCAUUCAGACCAUCGUCCAGCAGGCGCGGCCCUAUGAGUGUCGUGCAAAAAUCAUUACCAGCACUGCAGUGUUUCCCUGGGCCAGCCUGCUGUAUGGAUUUUCUACUCACGGUCUUCACGACAAGCAGCCCCUGCGCUUGCCGUCCCAGUACAUACCACGCAUCUAUUGCUGUGCUGGUGCUACGCUGCUUCUGCGCGUGCUUCCCUCCUCAGUCCGCGAUCUCUAUGGCCCGUACUCCGCGUGCCAGCUACACUCGGCGUAUAGGCGGAACAUCUGCAAAUGCUUGUCUGGACAAAUUUUUCCUGAGACCCCCUUCGUGCAGGCUGCCUGCCUGCAAGCUGACAGAGGCGUGUUCGCACUGAGCAUUACUGCCGACUAUGAUUCCUGUGUGGAUGUUUCAUCGUUUGUGUGCGUCUUUCUUGUCUCGGUCGAUGGCGUGUGCGUCUACUUCUCUGUGUGUGUGUGCCGGUCUGGCUACACCUGUAGUUCGGCCGCCGGCAGUUGCUGA